AUGGCGCACUGUUAUAGCCACCCAUUCGUGACGCUCUGUUCUCUCUGCAUGUUUCUUGCCUUGAUCCUCGCCCAGGCAGCCGAGUUCGAGUUGCCCCUCAAGGCUGUGAACCUUGGAAACUGGCUCGUGACUGAGGGGUGGAUGCUGCCUUCUCAGUUUGAUGGACUCCAGGGACAGCUCUUGGAUGGGACUCAAGUGCAGUUCCAGUCAACAAAGCUGAUGAAAUUCCUUUCUGCUGAGAAUAGCGGCGGAGCCACCAUCGUUGCCAAUCGUGACCAGGCCUCUGGCUGGGAAACUUUCAGGCUGUGGAGGAUUUCUGACACAAAAUUCAACCUCAGAGUUUUCAACAAGCAAUUUGUUGGAUUGCAAGGCCAAGGAACAACGGUUGUAGCAGUUUCCAGUACUCCGAGUAUCUCAGAGACUUUUGACAUCGUAAGGAAUCCAAACAAUCCCAAUCGAGUUCGACUCCAAGCAUCUAAUGGGAUGUUUCUCCAGGUAACGUCAUUGACGGAAGUGACGGCAGAUUAUACUGGAGGCUCGAGUUGGGAUGAUAAUGACCCGUCGGUCUUUGAAAUGAACAUCGUUGGCGGUUUACAAGGAGAAUACCAAAUAACAAAUGGGUAUGGCCCCAGUGCUGCCUCCAAACUCCUACAGGAUCAUUGGAACAGUUACAUUACCCAGCAGGACUUUGAAUUUAUGGCGACCAAUGGUCUAACUGCCGUGAGGAUUCCGGUAGGAUGGUGGACCGCGUAUGAUCCAGUGCCGCCGAUGCCUUUUGUGGGAGGCUCCCUAAAUGCACUGGACAACGCAUUUACAUGGGCAGCGAAGCAUGGUUUGAAGGUAAUAGUUAAUCUCCAUGCUGCUCCAGGAUCUCAAAACGGCGAAUCUCAUAGCGCAUCAAGAGAUGGAUAUCUGGAAUGGGGUGACUCUUACAUUGAGGACACUGUGAAAGUUAUAGACUUCCUAGCAGCAAGAUAUGGCAACCACCCGGCAUUGGUUGCGAUCGAGCUGAUGAACGAGCCUCUAGCUCCGGGUGUCAAGUUGGAGGAUCUUACUAAAUACUACCGGUUAGGUUAUGAUGCCGUGAGAAGUCACACUCUGAAUGCUUAUGUCAUCAUGUCCAACCGGUUGGGACCAGCCGACCCUCGAGAGCUCCUUCAGCUUGCGGAAGGCUUGAGCCGAGUCGUCAUCGACGUGCAUUACUACAACCUCUAUAAUCCGAUGUUUCAACAGUGGAAUCUGCAGCAGAACAUUGACUACAUCUAUAACAAUAGAGCUUCCGAUCUAAGCAAAGUAACCCCGGCAAACGGCCCCUUGAGCUUUGUUGGAGAAUGGACCUCGGUUUUGGACUUCAAAGGGGCAACAAUGGGGGAUUCGGGGAGCUUUGCAAAGGCUCAGCAAGAUGUGUAUGGGCGGGCCACUUUCGGGUGGUCGUAUUGGUCUUAUAAGUGCCAGUAUGAUGGGUGGAAUCUCCAACAGUUAAUUCAAGACGGCCUUAUACAGAUCUAG